GCGGCCGAGCGGGGGAGGAGCCGCAGCGCCCGGCCUCCGCCUGUGCUAUGACUCACCCGUGCCCGGACCCCAAGUCCGCCAGCCCCAGCAACCCGCGGGCCUUCUUCGAUGUCGACGUCGGGGGCGAGCGAGUUGGUCGAAUUGUCUUUGAAUUAUUUGCUGAUAUUGUACCUAAAACUGCUGAAAACUUCCGUGCACUGUGUACAGGGGAAAAAGGACUAGGACUUACUACUGGAAAACCUCUUCAUUAUAAAGGAUGCCCCUUUCACAGAAUUAUAAAGAAAUUCAUGGUCCAGGGCGGAGACUUCUCAAAUCAAAAUGGCACUGGUGGAGAAAGCAUCUAUGGUGAAAAAUUUGAAGAUGAAAACUUUCAUUACAAGCAUGAUAAGGCAGGGCUGCUGAGCAUGGCAAAUGCAGGACCCAAUACAAAUGGCUCCCAAUUCUUCAUCACAACAGUGCCAACUCCUCACCUGGAUGGGAAGCAUGUGGUGUUCGGCCAAGUGAUCAAAGGAAUGGGUGUUGUUAAACUACUAGAAAAUGUUGAAGUGAAUGGAGAAAAUCCUGCUAAGUUGUGCAUUAUUGCAGAAUGUGGAGAGCUGAAGGAAGGUGACAACUGUGGAAUUUUACCAGUGGAUGGUUCUGGAGAUAUCCAUCCAGACUUUCCUGAGGAUUCAGAAACAGACUUCAGAGAGGUGGACAAGAUUGUGUCAAUAGCAGAAGACAUAAAGAACAUAGGAAACACUUGCUUCAAAUCUCAGAAUUGGGCAAUGGCAGCUAAAAAGUAUCACAAAGGUUUAAGGUACCUGGAGGCCUCUGAAGCUGUGAUAGAAGAAGUGGAUAAAGCAAAAUUGAAGACUCCAGCUUUGACCUGCAUCUUAAAUGUUGCUGCUUGUAAACUGAAACAGUCAGAUUGGCAGGGAACCAUUGAAAAUUGUUCUGAGGCUCUUGCAAUAGAUCCAGAAAACACCAAAGCUCUUUACAGACGAGCUCAAGCCUGGCAGGGAAUAAAAGAUUUUGAUCAAGCUCUGGCUGAUAUUAAGAAGGCUCAGAAAAUAGCACCUGAAGACAAAGAGGAAAACAAGUACUAUUGAAGUCUCUUGUGGAAAAAAAAAUCCUGAAAACCCUAUACAUACCAUUUAAAAAACUCUGUUGCUUGAUGACUGGAGAAGAAAAUUAGAAUGGGAAGCUAGGAAUAUACAAAACUACCAUGCUUCCACACCAUACAGGAGGAUCUACUUUCAAGACAGUCAGUGGCAGAUACCUAAAAAGGCUUGUGACACAUGCAGGUAGUUUAGACUAAAUGAUGCUGUUUCUGGCCAUGCAGUCUGAAUACACGGGCCAUAUGUUGGACAAACCUGUUCUAGAGCUUAUGCAAAAUAAAUGCGCUGAUAUCUAGAACUCCAUUCUCUUACAGUACUGUAUUUACUUGAAUCCAAGACAAGGUGUUUUUUCCUCCCUCAUUAACAUGGGGACAAAAAGCACCCCCAUCUUGGGUUUAAGUGGGGCAGGAGCGCAGGCAACUGCUGUGGCUUCAGCUCCAACCCAGGCUGGUAGUUGAAACCGCUACCCGUCCCACCCUGCUGGAACUACUGCUGCAUGGCCAGGUGAGGACUGGAGCUGCCAAGUGCUCCAGAUUGGAGCCGGGCUGGAAGGUAAGUUGCAGUGGGGAAAGAGGAGGGGGUAGUUGGGAGGCAGGGCAGGUGCCACGGGGCAAAGGGAAUAGCAUCACAGGGAGGCAGGAGGAGAGGGGAGACAGGCAGCAAGGGGGAAGGGUCAGGCUAUUUGACUGCCCUACCGCUACUUGCCUGGCUGUAGCUGGGGAGGAUGAAUUUAAGAUGUUGCUCCAAUAGUUAAACUCUACAUGUUGAACCUUAUAACAAAAUUUAUAAAUGUACCGUGUAUGCAAUCUAAUUGCUGGGGGGUUGUCUUGCAUUCAUUGUUGUCCUGGAUAUGGAUAAAUACAGUAUAUUAUGCUGCUUUAAAAUGUAAUUCUGUUGUAACAGAUUGAUUUUAAAGGCAGACCUGAGAAACAGCAUCAGAAGAAGCUCCUGGAGCAACAUUCAUUCCAAUUAUCAAUACUGUAUCAGAAUGGAUAUUGAAAUAAAUAAAGUAAAGGCCUGCCUACUCUAAAAGAUGCACCACUUUACAGCACACUGUACUGCCACACUUAAAAGCCUGUAACAAAACAACUUUUUAUUUCCUAAGCACACAAGAAAAACAGUUUUGUAAUGAAGCUGAAGAACGUCAUUUUCCAAUCCUUUCCACAAUGGGAACAGAUCUAACUACCAUGAAGGAACAGUAUAUUAGCAUGAUGGCUUUUUACUGCAGAUCACUUCUAAGUAUGCUAGCUAGAAGCUGAACAAUCCAACUGCUAAGGAUACUACAAGACUAUCUUGCACCGUGCCUGUAGUUAUAAAAUAUUAGCAUACAUUUUUAAAUGGUUAUAACAACUUGGAGUUUUAGGGAAUAGCAGCAUUACAAAGUUUAGGCUUCCAAACAUCACAAAAGGCUAAAAGAUUAUAGGACCAGAUCAAGUUCUGACACUAUCUAUCUGUGACUUCUCCAGACUCACGGUGACAACUACCAGAGAGAACAAUUUAUGCAUAAACAAAGCCACACAAUAGUACAACGCUACCAAUGUAGGGCACCUAUUGCAGGAUGUGUUUGCUAUUUUAUAUAAAGCAACAUAAGCUGCAUGUGACAAAUAAUGGGAUGCAUACAGGAUAUUACUGCAAUGAAAGGACUGUGUAAGGCAGUGAUUCUUACCCAGGGUGCCAUGGCAUGCUGAGGUGCCUUAAGAUCCUUUCAAGAGAGCUGUGGGGUGUGUCUCAGUUUUAGCAUUGUCAGGUGUAAACAUGAUUCACAAGAUAAACCCAGUUUCAAACAGGAAAUCAUAGUAUUAGUAUUCUGACUUAUUGCGGUCUUUUCUGUUGCAAAGUACUCAGAGAGUACUGGCUCUAUUUUUUUGUAGACAUUGAGUGAAAAGUAAGAGCUGGAAUUUUCUGAGUGUCUUGAGUCUAAAAUUUGGGAGCCACUGCUGUAAGGUUAAGUUUCAGUGGAACAGAAGUGUAAUAAUCUGACAACUUAAAAAAUUUAAUGUGCUAUUCAAUGUUAAAUCGCAUUGUAUGGUUUUAUUUGCAUUUCCCUCAGCUGGAACAAUGACAGAUGGCAGCCUUUCACUGUCUGCACUAAUGCAGUAAUACUGUUCGAGCUGCAAGCAAAGACACUCAUCUGCUGCUACCUAAAUAUUUUUUUAAAAUUUUGAAAGUCAACCUUAAAAGAUUUUUCUUUAAAAACAUGGACAGUAAAUUUAGACUUAAAACCCAUAAUGCCCCUUUAUGUCAAAGCACACUGCAUUCUCCACUACAGUACAAGGACCAGAUCUAUUCACUGUAACCAAACACAAGACAUUCUGACUUGCAGAAAAAACCCCAAAUGUAUUCAUUUUGUCUUGAACCAUCACAGUAAUGGUGAUUUAUUAUUUUUUCAAGCAGCUCCUUCAUAUUCAGACAAUUAAUGCAGAUGGUUUCAAUGCAAUUAACGCAGAUGGUUUCAAUUGUAUAUGCUGGUCCAGGGGUCGGCAGGCCUGAAGAACCUUGGGCUCGAGCCUGCAGAUGCAAGGCUUUGGUGGCUGAAGCCCCUGCUGUCAAAAUGACCAGUCAUGGAAGCAGGAUCCUACUGCUGACCUACCUGCCUUUGACCUGGGGUGGGUCAUUCCAGUCCCGCAGCCAGAAAAG